AUGAAGUACGGAAACGAGACCUUAUCGCAGCUGUUAUCGUGUUCUCCUCACCGACCGGCCGUGGAGACGGGUGGACAGACGAGUCUGGUCCUGUUCGCUUCCACGCCACCUCGACGACGACGACGAUCUGACGUCUCCCGACGGCUCCUCUCGCUGCACUCGAACAGCCCGCGAGCAAGCAGCAAGCAGCAAACAGCCACAAACGAGCGCACGCCCCCUCCCGACGGGCCUCACACCAGACGGAGGACCCCGCCUGCACUCCGGCUGGCCAUGGCCGACGACCUCGACUCCCUCGUCAAGGGGGCGCCGCUGUCUGGGCCAGGCAGUCUCGGCUACAAGGCGGCAGCGGCACUUGGGCUUGGCGGCCCCGGCUCCGGUAGCCCUGACGGCGACCCGCUCUCGCACACGCCCGGCUCGCCGGCGAUGAUCUACCUCAACCUGCUCAUCCUCGAGGCAUCGCUGCGGGCCCAAUACCUGGCGCUGCGGGCCCGCCGCCGCCACCACACCUUCUUCCUCAUCCUGCUGAGCGGCUGGAUUCUGGGCUUCGGCUAUGCGCUGUUCCUGGCGCCGCGCGAGGACGGCAGCGGCGUGGGCGGCUCCGUCUACUGGGUCGUCGACGUAGCCGAAAAGGUCUGCUUCAUGGGCGGCGCCAUCACGGCCGUUCUGAUCUGGGCCACCGGCAUUUGGGACCGCGGCGUGCGCUGGCCGCGUCGCUGGUUCAACGUGUCCAACCGCGGCCUGCGCCACAUCAACUGCAAGCUCGUGCUGAUGAAGCGUUCCUGGCUGGCCGAGACCCUGUCCACGCUGGCCUGGUUCCUGACCUACGGCCUGCUUUCCAACGGCGCCGGCGUCUCGUCCUACCGCUACGUCGAGCCCGCCAUCCUGCGUGAGGUCGACCGCGAGCUGCACCUCUCGGCCACCGGCCACCCGUCUGUCAGCCCCAGUCCCGGCCGCACCGCUUCCGGCACCAACACCAUACCGGCCAUCAUCGUCCGCGACGAGGAAAAGGGCAGCAGCAGUAGCAGCCGUGCUGCCGCUGCCACCCAGCACGCCACUCACGGCCACGGCCACGGCCACGGGCACUCUCACUCCCACCCCGGCAUGCAGCACCUGCACGCCCACCAGGAGGAUCUAGCGCCCGGCGGCGACUAUGUCAAGCUGCUGCUGCUCGCCAAGCCCUUCUCGCCCACCUUCCGCGAGAAUUGGGAGCUGUACCGCCAGGAGUACUGGGAACGCGAGAACGAGCGUCGCGCCCUCAUUCGCCGGAAGCUCAAGGAGCAGGACCGCGCCCUGCGUUACAACUCCGGCAGCUGGUUCUGGUGGCUGCCCGGCCGCCCUGCUGUCACUUCCAGCGAGCAGCAGCGGCCCUACACGCCGCGUGGCCGGGGUGGUGACAUGGGCGGCAGCAGCGGCGGCAGCGGCGACAAAAACGCCCACCACCAGCUGCACCAUCCGCGCCACGUCGCCGUCGAGCGCGAGCAUCGCCGCACGCGCAGCAACAGCUCGCGCCGCGGCAGCAUGUCGACGGGCUCGCGCAGCGGCACACCGGCCGUGGAGGUCGAAGACACUGCCGCUGCCGCUGCGGUAGGCCGAAAGGAGAGCACAGGGUCCUGCACAUCUGACCGGCGGAGGAAGAAGUCGUCCGUGUCGACGGCCCCGGCGAUGACACGCACCAUUUCGGCGGCGGCUAGACGGCCCAAUGCGUCGGACUCGCGCUCGGUCACGCCCGAGAUCCCGUCGCCGCUGGCCAGAGAGAACAGCAUGUCGGCGGCCGGAUGA